GCCCUUCCCCAGAGCGCCCGCGUUCUCUUGUCUCUUUGGCCGCACAAGGUGCUGGGUCCUUCAGCUGAAGCUAAGGCCGUUACAUCCCGGCGACUAGCACCGCGCCCCACCGCCGCCCGUCCGCCCGCUCAGCCAUGGCCUCCAGCUCCGAGCUCGCCUGCAUCUACGCCGCCCUCAUCCUGCACGACGACGAGGUCACCGUCACGGAGGACAAAAUUAAUGCACUUAUUAAAGCAGCUGGAGUAAAUGUUGAACCUUUCUGGCCAGGCCUUUUUGCAAAGGCUCUGGCUAACAUUGACAUCGGAAGCCUGAUCUGUAAUGUAGGAGCUGGUGGUGCUCCAGCUGCUGCUGCUCCUUCUGGGGGUGCUGCUCCUGCUGGUGGGGGGGCUGCCCCUGCUGAGGAGAAGAAAGAGGAAGAGAAGAAAGAGGAAUCUGAGGAAUCGGAUGAUGACAUGGGCUUUGGUCUCUUUGACUAAACUGACUUUUUGUACCAUCUGUAAUAAAAGAAACAUUCUUUAA